AUGAAUCGGAAAAGGGUUAAAGUUAUUGCUGUAGCUGAGGCAUUCGGUUUGUUAGACGAACCUGUAGAACGGAGGUACUGGGUGCAUCCAAUGAAUAAUGAUCGAGAACAAAGUGAACAAUUUAAAAAUUUUUUUGAGAAUAUAAGACGUUACCCGGAAAAUUUUUUUGAAUACUAUCGAAUGUCAGUCUCGAGUUUUGAUGAGCUAUUAGAAAAUGUACGGCCUCACAUAACGAAAACUACCACAACAUUUCGUAAACCUAUAUGUGCCGAAGAACGCCUCACAAUUACUUUGAGAUAUUUAUCAACUGGCACCUAUUUUGCUGCUUUGAAAUUUGAUUUCCGAGUUGGAAGGAGUACGAUCGGAAUAAUAGUUAAAGAAACGUGUCAAGCAUUGUGGACAGUUUUACAGCCAACAGAGAUGCCUGUGCCGACCACGAAUGACUGGUUGGAGAUUUCAAAUGUAUUUAAUGUUAAAACAAACUUUCCAAAUUGCUUAGGCGCUAUUGACGGCAAACAUAUCCGAUGUAAAAAUCCUAGUAAUUCUGGAUCAUUGUUUUUCAAUUACAAAAAGUUUUUUUCUGUGGUACUCAUGGCUGUAGCCGAUGCAAAUUUACAAUUUAUCACAAUCGAUGUCGGGUCUUAUGGUCGAGAAGGGGACUCCAAUAUAUUUAAGGAAUGCCCAUUCGGCAAAAUGUUAUAUGCUUAAAAACUUAAUCUUCCUGAACCAAAUCCUUUACCAAACACAAAUAACAAUCCACAGCCAUUUGUUUUUAUUGGGGACGAAGCUUUCGCUCUACAUACACAUUUAUUAAGACCAUAUCCAGGACGUAACCUAACUGAUACUCGACGUGUAUUUAAUUAUCGAUUGAGUAGAGCAAGGCGGACAGUUGAGUGUGCUUUCGGAGUUCUUGCAAAUAAAUGGCGUGUGUUGCAUACUCCCAUACAAGUGGAACCUGAAUUUACUGACAUUAUCAUCAAAGCGUGUUGUAUAUUACAUAAUUUUGUUCGUAAGAGAGACGGAAUUAAUUUUGAAGAUUCUGAAACCCAUAGCCUGGAUGACAUAGAAGCUCGUGGAACAGACACUCGUUCAGAAGGCAUUGAAGUGAGGGAUUACUUUGCUGACUAUUUUAUGGGCCCUGGUGCCCUAGAUUUUCAGUAUAAAGUAUUAUAAGCUGUUUAUUUAAAAAGAUCCUUAUUAUUUUAUUAUUUGUAAAUUAGUAAUAAUAAAUUAAAACUGUAAUAUA